GAAUGAACACAACAUCAUCUUCAACAAGUCCAACAACAGGGGACUUUUGCAACUCAGACACUUGUGGAACAAAUUUGGCUAAAUGUGUUGCUUUACAUAGCACUUCUAUCUGCCUGUGCCAAUAUGGAUUCUACUACGACAACAAGGAUUGUCACAAAGGGAAAAUAUUCCCAGGGGUCAUUACGGUGAAGGAAUCAUACACUGAUAGUGUUCAAACUGUAAAUUCUGUGCCGUAUGAAAAGUUGUUCCAAAAUGUAACAAAGUUUUUUGAGGAAGCCUUCAGCAAUUUAACAGGCUUUGCAGAGACUGUCAUUGUGGAAAUUCAACCUCAAAGCCAAGGCAGAGCUUCUCCUCUGAUGAGUGUAACGGUGACAAACCUGUUUAUGGAGAAUUCAACUGAAAACAAUGAGACAGUUAGUUCUGCAAUAAGGAAUGCAAUAAAUGGUUCGUUCUAUGUCUCUCAGUACAGAGGUGCAACCUACUGUGCUGUGUAUAACUGUGAUGCCCGUACCACAGUCUGCGAAGAAAGUAUGUUUCCAAAAUGCAUAUGCAGAAGUGGUUUCACAAAGACAGAAUGGGAUGAUCGUUCUUGUUCGGAUUGCAGUAAAGACUGUUCUGAAAAAGAAAACAAGUACUGUGUAAACGAAAAUGGGCUUCCAGUAUGCAAAUGCAUGCCUAACUUUGAAGAGAAGAAAGAAAAAUGUGUAUCUUGUCCAGUGGGCUACUCUGGAGAGAACUGCAAGAACAAUAGUGAACUCAUCCUUAUAAUAGUGGGUACAGUGUUUGGAGCAAUUAUCCUGAGUUUAGUGAUAGCAGUCUCUGUUGUUUCAGUAAGAGCCAAACACAGACAAGAUCCAGAGAAGAAGAGACUGAUAAAGUCAGGAUAUUCCAACCCAAAUGGCCUUGAUGAUAGACAGACCACGAUAUUCCCCAGAGUCCAGACCACUUCUGGCCAUGCGAACCCAGGAUAUCAGCCAAACAACCCGUAUGAGAUGCAUUCCUCAAAUAGAGGUCGUCCUCUGGAGAGGGACUAUGAUGAUUUGUACGAAACGUCACGGGGGCCUGAGGGCUUUAGGAUGCAGAGCAGAUACUAA